AUGUCUGCCAACCAGGAUCAACCAGUCCUUAUCAUCGGCGCCGGUAUCAGCGGCCUUCUCUUAGCACAAAGCCUCAAACAGCACGGUAUUCCAGCCCGAGUAUUUGAACGCGACACCGAUCUUGAGACUCGUGGUGCAGGUUGGGGGCUUACCCUUAACUGGUCUCUUCCCGGCUUGCGAUCACUACUACCAGGGGAUCUAGUCAACCGUCUCCCCGAAGCUUAUGUCGACCGAUCGGCUGUUGCAGAGGGUCUCUCCUCAGCAUUUCCUUUCUUCGACUUGAGUACGGGUGAAUUGGUAGCUUCAACGCCGAAAGCGCCCGAGUCAAGUCGAAUUAGGGUCACGAGGCAGGGCCUGAGAGAUAUUUUAGCCACUGGAAUUGAUGUUGAGUGGAGUAAGGCACUAAAGGAAACAACAUGCAGCCCAGAGUCCAUCACCGCCACAUUUGAAGAUGGCACUGCCGCAACAGGAUGUCUACUAAUUGCAUGUGAUGGGAGCCACUCCCGAGUACGUCACUCACUAUUCCCCGAUUGGGAGAUGUACGACGUUCCUGUUCGUAUGCUCGGUAUGAAGUUGGAAUUGUCGCAAGAACAGAUCAAGCCGAUUCGGGAUCGGGAUGCUUUCUUCCUUCACAGCACAAACUCGAAAAAUGACAUGUUUGUGUACAUGAGCGUGCUUGAUGCACCUGGAAAUCAUGAGGGCAGCGCGCAUCCAUACAGCCUUCAGAUCUGUGUAUCGUGGCCAUACCGUGAGGGGUUCUUCGGCAGUUCUACGCCAAUCGAGAUUCCCGAAACGCAUGAAGAGAAAUACAAGCUAGUCAAGGCAUUUGCAGAGACUUUGGCUGAGCCAUGGCGCUCUCUCAUUUUGGGUAUGCCGACAGACACAGAGAUGAAAGGCCUCAAGAUCCAAGAUCUUCCUCCACCGAAGGACUUCCAGACAAAGGGCAGAGCGGUUCUCAUGGGAGAUGCACUUCAUGCCAUGGCAAUGUACCGAGGGGAGGGUGCGAACCAUGUCAUUCUCGAUGUAGAAGACUUCGUACAGCGAAUUGUUCCGGUUCUGAAGCAAGGUGGAGAAGUGGCAGAUUUGAGAACUGUUCUGGACGAAUAUGAGAAAACUGUCGUUCAGAGGACUCGUCCAGCCGUGUUAGCGUCAAGAAGGGCUUGUAUGGAUGCACACAACUGGAAGAUGAUCAGCGAGAAAAGUCCCCUGUUAACCAGACGCAUGCCGUAUAUCGACUUUGAGGAGGAUAGUUAG